UCACUGUGACACCUGAGCUAACUUGCGGAGAUAAACAAACAUGAGGUUUGCUUUUACCUGUUAUCAUUUUGUAUAAUUGUCUAAGAGAAAAUACUGGCCAGAAAUCAUGGCGUCCACAUCCGACUCGGACAAACCGUCAGUUUCUAAUGUGGAAGAAAACAGAACUCGUCUUUGCGAGGAAUUUGCGGUGAUAGCGGGAACUGACGGCGCCGUGGCUCAGUGCUACCUGGCUGAGAACGACUGGGAGAUGGAGAGAGCUUUGAACUCUUUCUUUGAGGCAGACAUGGAGAGAGUAUUUGAAGUAGAAGACACACCAGAGACAGACAUCAGUCCCAAAGUUAAGAGGCAGAAGGUUGAGCAGAAACCUCCAGGAGAAUGUGGGAGACCUUCAUCACAACAUAAAGGCAGCCAUCUUAAAUCGGGAGAGUGUGACUCAGCAACCAAAGGCACGAGUUCCACUGCAUGCAUAGAUUUGACUGGCGACAGUCCGGCCACCACACAGAAACCCUCAGAAGAAGAUGACGGUAAACUGUCGCUGAUCUCCUGGAACGUGGACGGACUCGAUACCGACAACCUUGGAGAGCGUGCCAGAGGCCUUUGUUCCUACUUAGUCUUAUAUACUCCUGAUGUGGUGUUCCUGCAGGAGCUCAUUCCGCCAUACGUCCAGUACUUGAAGAAACGUGCUGUCAGCUACCACAUCAUUGAAGGUGGUGAAGAUGCUUACUUCACGGGGAUGAUGCUAAAAAAGUCUCGUGUCAAAUUCGUGGAGAGCGAGAUAGUGACGUACCCGACCACUCAGAUGAUGAGGAACCUGCUCGUUGCUCAGGUGACUUUCAAAGACCAGAAGCUGUGUCUGAUGACGUCCCACCUCGAGAGCUGUAAAGGCCACGCAGAGGAGCGGAUGAAGCAGCUGCGGGUGGCGAUGCAGAGGAUGAAAGAGGCGCCCGAUGACGUCACCGUCCUGUUUGGAGGGGACACCAACCUGAGGGACUCUGAGGUGGCCAAGGUGGGCCUGCCCUCCAGCGUCUGUGAUGUGUGGGAGCGGCUGGGCAAGCAGGAGCACUGCCGCUACACCUGGGAUACCAAAGCCAACAGCAACAAGACUGUUCCCUUCGUCAGUCGCUGUCGCUUCGACCGCGUCUACCUCCGUCCGGCUGCAAAGGAUGGAGUCCCACGUCUGGCUCCCGAUCACAUGGCUUUAGUGGGGCUGGAGAAGCUGGACUGUGGCCGCUACACCAGCGAUCACUGGGGAAUCUACUGUAGCUUCUCUGCUGGCUAGAAAUGCAAAAAGCGACCAGCAGCAUGCCUGUUAGAUAUUUAGAUUUACAUCUGCUGGUGUUGGUUGAUUUGCAUUGCCAGUGCAGGACUGGUCAGACCACAGUAACACUUUCUCAGUGGAAGAAGAAGAAGAUGUUGUAACCACAUCUGAAGCUGGUUGCCUGGAAAUGAGAUGCCUUGAUUUGAUGAGUUUUAUCCUCUUAUGUGUCUUUUGUUUAAGAGUUUUCUUCUGCAGGUAAAAUGGCUAAUUAAAAUGUAAAAAGCACCAAUAAAUGAGUUUUCAUUGUUCUGAAAU